AUGAAAACAGUAAAGUUACAAACAAACAAUACACGGAAUAAGUCCAAGGACAUCACUCUUAAAAAACUACGCGGGGAUUUGACAAUAGAGCCUAAAAAAUGGAUUUCUAGGAGUGUAUUUCUUUCUGGCUUACUUUCCAUGUUUCAGUUACCUUUAAGCUUUAAUUAUAUUUUAUUCAUAUAUUGUAAGACCAAGAGAAGAAUGUCCCAGGGAGCGGGUCAUCGUGUGAGACGAAGACCUUCAAGUUCAAGAAGAGCACAAAUUUCAAAUAUCAAGAAUAGUGAACAGUCAAAAAAAAUCUUCAAGCAGCUCAUUAAACUUCCAAGAAUCUUGCAAAUAAUUCCAGCUAAAGUUGCCCUCUCUCGUUUUAUUUACCAAGAUAUACUGAUUUAA